AUGCCGCUGCGGAGGCCGGAACAUGAAGGACAUCAGUGUGGAGGAUUUAAAGAAAAUGUCAUAUGCACCCGUACCAUGUACAUCUUCAUCAAAAACCUGAAGACAGAGAUUUUCAAAACAGCGCUGACUUUGCCUGAAGUAGUAAAGGGACCAAGAACUACUGCACCAGGCGCGGAAACCGGGCCAACUGGAUCUGGUUCUGUGCCAGUAUUUACAAUACCAAGCGGGGAACCAUCUGGCCCUGUCACUGGGGAAGAAUCUACAGAACCUGGCGAGUGGCCAAAGACUACCAAACCAGGCGCGUCACCACGCUCGACUUCGGCCGUGGCUGAUCAAACCAAAUUACCAGAAACGACACCCGAAAGCCCUGGUACUGAAACGCCAACAGAAACGACUGGCUCCGAAACGGGACCGGAAACACCCGGCACGGGAAAGACACCGAAGAUUACACCUUAUGUGACGGAGCCUGGGGUUACAGAAACAACCACGGUGUCGGGAGAGACAGAGAUUACCACGGAACCGGAAGUUCCGGGAUCACGACCGCCUGGAAGUACGCCAGGCUACACCAAGCCAUCCAAGCAUACGCGACCAGGACAGACUGAAGAGACGCCAAGUCCGGAAGAGCCGGUAGGUACACCAAGCUACUCCAAGCCAUCCAAGCACACGCGACCAGGAAAGACUUCAAGGACGCCAAGACCAGGACAGACUGCAGAGACUCCAAGUUCAGUAGAGACUACAGAGACGCCAAGUUCAGAGGAGGUAACUGCAACCACAGGUUCUGGCAUACCAUCCAAACCUGCGAAACCAGGAAAGACUUCAAGGACGCCAAGUCCGGGACAGACACCUAUGACCCCUGCUUCAGGCAUGCCAUCAGAAACGCCGGCUUCCGAGACGCCACCAGAGACAACCCCCGAAGAGAGGAGCUCAGCUUCAACGACGAUGAUGGAAUCAAUGCCAACAUCCCAGAUGACGUGCAAACCGACGGUGUGUCCACCAUGCCCAGUGAUACCACCCGAAUGCAACGAUUUAAUAAACAGGGGCCAGCAGCAGGAGCAGGAACAAAUCAGACUGGAUUUACCGCCGGACUCCUUCUCAGACCGGUGGUACAAGAAGUAGCCGCGCUGCGCGCGCCCCCAGGCGGGAGCCACAGCUAUUCGUUAUUAAAAUGUAUUUUUUGUGUUCUUA